ACCACCAACGCCCAGACCACGAUCGGUGCCACGAUCGUGCUGGAUCCACAAGACAUAACGGUGGUCGUUGGUGAGAGGAACGAAUUUGUGGCCAAAGUGCGUGGAGCCUUGGCGCAAACGGCGACACUUAACUUUUCCACCGAACAUGCCGACCUGGUGGAAGUUUCACCGCGCAGCUUCGCUAUCAACGCCCCGGCCGGUGGGUACAUCGAUCAGGACUACGAGAUCUCACUGUACGGCAUAUCGCCCGGACAGUUCGAUCUGGUGGCAGAGGUACUGCCGAAGGGUUUGAUUGACGAUGCGAUCGCCUUCAUCCGGGUUACGGUGGCCAACUCAAAGGCCAUCAUCGUGAUCUCGGACGUGAUCGGGUGGAUCUACUUUGCCGCCUGGACCGUCUCCUUCUGGCCGCAGAUGAUCAUCAACUAUCGGCGCAAAAGUGUCAUCGGGCUAUCGUUCGACUUUCUCGCCCUGAACGUGGUCGGUCACUCGGUGUACGCGGCAUUCAACUUGGCCCUGUUCUGGAGCGGCUACAUCGAGAACGAGUACUUCGAUCGGAAUCCUCGCGGGUUGAACCCGGUGUUACCGAAUGAUGUGGCCUUCUCGAUACACGCUACGAUCGCCACGAUACUGACACUCGGGCAGUGCUUUAUCUAUGAGCGUGGGGAUCAAAAAAUUUCCCGUUAUGCAUGGGGAAUCCUAGGAAUUUUCGUGAUCGUGGUUAUCGUCGCCGGCAUACUCGUUGGCACGGACACAUUCCACUGGUUGGAUUUCCUGUACGUUCUCAGCUACAUCAAGCUCUCGGUCACGCUCAUCAAAUACAUACCGCAGGCGGUUCUAAACUUCCAGCGCAAGAGUACCGUUGGGUGGAGCAUCGAAAAUGUGCUUCUAGAUUUUACCGGCGGCACGUUGAGCAUGCUGCAGAUGCUCCUGAAUGGGUACAACUACGAUGAUUGGGGGUCCAUCUUUGGAGACCCAACCAAGUUUGGGCUCGGUCUGUUUUCGGUGCUGUUCGAUAUUCUCUUCAUUGUGCAACAUUACGUCCUGUACAGAACACCGAAAAAACGGAUCGAUCCGAUCGAAUCUAACCUAGAAACAUUGCUCAAACAACCGCAUGCCAUUGCCACCAGCACUGACACCGAAUAACAACAGUAACAAAACCAAAACCACCAACAACCGUAACCCUAGCCCAUAAGCAAUACACCAAGCAACACUUGCUCACAACACUUACUCAGCAUGAACACACUGAAAUCGUGCUGACGGCAAAACUCUGCAAGAGGACUCUUCCGCUACCAACACCACCAACGGCGGCAGCAACGAUAGUCUUCCGUAGAGCUUUGGCACCGAAGAAACGCCGUCUCAAGCCUGUCCGAAACGCGAUCUGUGCGUAGUUUCUUAAGACGCUAGAUUUAAGGCUUAGUUUUAAAUAGGCCAUCAUAGGCUGCUAAUGUCAGGCCAAAGGUCCCGGCACGUGGCGGUGGAAGCGACUGAAUGUAGAAAAGUAUAAACGAAAAAUGAAAAUUGACGUUCAUGUUUUAGUUUGAAGAUCGAUAGCCCGUUGGCCAGACGCCGCUCGUUUGUGUUGACUUAUUGUUGCCAUGUUAGUAGCUGAUAGAAAAGAGAGAGAGUAGUUCGUUACGAACAAUAGAUACAACGAAAAUACAACUUUAUAUUUGC